GUCACCGCCAAGCGACAGUCUAGGCGGAGGCAGUGGUGAGCGGAGCCCAGCGGCAGCUCCAGGAGAGACAGAACGGAGUUGUCUUCUCUAUGGGGAGCAGCAGCUUGUGGCGGAGGUGACCUCUUGCUCCCAGCCUCGGAGGGACUCAGUGGCUAGAGUAGAGGUCGCUGAAGGCGGGGCUGGAAGGUUUUGGCGGCGGCAGGAAAGCUCUACAGUCAGGAUGCACAGCGGUGCCUGUGGUCUGCAGCUCCUGUUCCCGUGCUCCUGAAGGGGUGAUGCUUCCAUUCGCUCCUCAGGAGGAGCCCUGGGAUCAAGACAUGGAGGUGUUUGGUGGCGGCGCGAACAGCUGCGAGGUAAAUCAUCUUAAAGUGAUUGAUGAUCCAAUGGAAGAGGGAGAAGCAGAUUCUUGCCAAGAUGAAGGAGUUAAAGAAAUUCCUAUUAUUCAUCAUGUUAAGGAAGGAUAUGAGAAAGCAGACCCUGCACAGUUUGAGUUGCUCAAGGUUCUUGGUCAGGGAUCCUUUGGAAAGGUUUUUCUUGUUAGAAAGAAGACUGGCCCUGAUGCUGGGCAACUCUAUGCAAUGAAGGUGUUAAAAAAAGCUUCUUUGAAAGUUCGAGACAGAGUUCGCACAAAGAUGGAGAGGGAUAUACUGGUGGAAGUAAAUCAUCCAUUUAUUGUCAAAUUGCAUUAUGCCUUUCAGACUGAAGGGAAGCUGUAUUUAAUACUGGAUUUUCUCAGAGGAGGAGAUGUCUUCACAAGAUUAUCCAAAGAGGUUCUGUUUACAGAGGAAGAUGUGAAAUUCUACCUUGCAGAACUAGCCCUUGCUUUGGAUCAUCUGCACCAAUUAGGAAUUGUAUAUAGAGACCUGAAGCCAGAAAACAUUUUGCUUGAUGAAAUAGGACAUAUCAAGUUAACAGAUUUUGGACUCAGCAAAGAAUCAGUAGAUCAAGAAAAGAAGGCCUACUCAUUUUGUGGUACGGUGGAGUAUAUGGCUCCUGAAGUAGUCAAUAGGAGAGGUCAUUCCCAGAGUGCUGAUUGGUGGUCAUAUGGUGUACUUAUGUUUGAAAUGCUUACUGGUACACUGCCAUUUCAAGGUAAAGACAGAAAUGAGACCAUGAAUAUGAUAUUAAAAGCAAAACUUGGAAUGCCUCAGUUUCUUAGUGCUGAAGCACAAAGUCUUUUAAGGAUGUUAUUCAAAAGGAAUCCAGCAAAUAGAUUGGGUUCAGAAGGAGUUGAGGAAAUCAAAAGACAUCAUUUUUUUGCAAAUAUUGAUUGGAAUAAAUUAUAUAAAAGAGAAGUUCAACCUCCUUUCAAACCUGCUUCUGGAAAACCAGAUGAUACUUUUUGUUUUGAUCCUGAAUUUACUGCAAAAACACCCAAAGAUUCUCCUGGUUUGCCAGCCAGUGCUAAUGCUCAUCAACUCUUCAAAGGAUUCAGCUUUGUUUCAACUUCUAUUGCUGAAGAAUAUAAAAUCACUCCUAUCACAAGUGCAGAUGUAUUACCAAUUGUUCAGAUAAAUGGAAAUGCUGCACAAUUUGGUGAGGUAUAUGAGUUGAAAGAAGAUAUUGGCGUUGGCUCCUAUUCUGUUUGCAAGCGAUGCAUACAUACAGUUACCAACAUGGAAUUUGCAGUGAAGGUUAUUGACAAAAGUAAGAGAGACCCCUCAGAAGAAAUUGAAAUUUUGAUGCGCUAUGGACAACACCCAAAUAUUAUCACUUUAAAAGAUGUUUAUGAUGAUGGUAGAUAUGUUUACCUUGUUACGGAUUUGAUGAAAGGAGGAGAACUACUUGACCGUAUUCUCAAACAAAAAUGUUUCUCGGAAAGGGAAGCUAGUGAUGUACUGUUUGUAAUAACUAAAACAGUUGACUACCUUCAUUGUCAAGGAGUUGUUCAUCGUGAUCUUAAACCUAGUAAUAUUUUAUACAUGGAUGAAUCAGCCAAUGCAGACUCCAUUCGGAUCUGUGAUUUUGGGUUUGCAAAGCAACUUCGAGGAGAAAAUGGGCUUCUCUUAACUCCAUGCUACACUGCAAAUUUUGUAGCACCUGAGGUUCUUAUGCAACAGGGCUACGAUGCUGCUUGUGAUAUUUGGAGUCUUGGAGUCCUUUUUUACACAAUGUUGGCUGGUUAUACUCCGUUUGCUAAUGGCCCCAAUGAUACUCCUGAAGAGAUACUGCUGCGUAUAGGCAAUGGAAAGUUCUCUUUGAGUGGUGGAAACUGGGACAAUAUUUCAGAUGGAGCAAAGGAUUUGCUUUCCCAUAUGCUACAUAUGGAUCCACAUCAGCGGUACACUACAGAACAAGUAUUAAAACACUCAUGGAUAACCCACAGAGACCAGUUGCCAAAUGAUCAGCCAAAUAGAAAUGGUACAUCAUAUGUCAUUAAGGGAGCAGUGGUUGCCACAUAUUCAGCACUGACUCACAAGACCUUCCAACCAGUCCUAGAGCCUGUUGCUGCCUCAAGCUUAGCUCAGCGACGAAGCAUGAAAAAGAGGACUUCAACUGGCUUGUAAGAUUUCCAGUGUUCCUCUGACAAAAUGGAUGAAGAGAAAAGGCAAAUGUGUAGCUUUUGCCUAACCUUAUA